UCCCCGCCCCUCGGCUCGCGCCCAGGCAUCCCCCACCACCACCAGCCAGUGGAGCGUUACGACGCGGCGCUGCCAGCUUUACGGCAGCGCGCAGCAACGAGCCCGGCCGGCCCGGCGAACGGGCGAUGAGGCGUGAGCUUUUGAAGUUUCCUAGAGUGCUGUGGCCCCGACUUGCGCAGGAUGGACCCGGUGGUUCUCAGUUACAUGGACAGUUUGCUGAGGCAGUCAGACGUUGCCUUGCUGGAGCCCCCAAACUGGCUUAACGAUCAUGUCAUUGGGUUUGCUUUUGAGUACUUCGCUAACCAGCAGUUCCAAGAAUUUAGUGAUCAGGUUUGUUUUAUCAGCCCCGAAGUGGCUCAGUUCAUUAAAUGUGCCCUUAGUCAGGAAGAAAUAGCCAUGUUCCUUCAACCACUGGACCUUCUCCACAAAAAGCUGGUGUUCUUGCCUAUCAAUGAUAACUCCAACCAGGUUGCUGGAGGCACCCACUGGAGCUUACUGGUUUAUUUCAGGGACAAAAAGUGCUUUGCCCAUUACGAUUCCCACAGUAAAUGCAACUUUGUCCAUGCCAAGCAAGUGGCAGGGAAGCUGGAGGCCUUCUUGGGCAAAAGAGGGGGCAAAGCAACUUUCGUGGAGGAGAAGGCACCUGCCCAGCAGAACAGCUAUGACUGUGGGAUGUACACGAUCUGCAACGCGGAGGCUCUAUGCCAGGGAUACUUCAGGGGCAGGCCAGAGCCUUUGCUGCAGCUCCUCACCCCCUCCUACAUCACACAGAAGAGAUCAGAAUGGAAAGAUCUCAUCACAAAACUGGCACAGAAGUGAUUGAGAUGCAGCUCCAGCUCCCUAAACAACUGCCUUCCCUGUCCGUGAGGCAGCACCCCCAGUGCCUGAGGGAGAUGCCCAUGCGCAGGAUUGUCCCAAGGAAGAAUGUAACCCCUCCAGCAUGGCUAAACCCCCCAAACACCCUGGCCCCUCCUGGAAAAGCCUUAGUCCCCUCUGGAAAUGACUGGCCUUUGAACUUCUAAAGUAACUUUGCUUUGAAAGAAAUCUCCCUCCUCCCUCAAUGGUGAAUUGCCACUAAUUGCUGUGGCAAAAUGAGUUGCUAAAGAAACUUCUCCACUUUUGCCCAGCAGGCAAUACACCCUCACCCUUGUUAGGUGGCUUUAAUUGGCUACAGGCAUUGCUGUUCCCAGCCAAGUUUAGCAAAUGCCGUUUAAAAACAGGCCCCAAAAUGCUUUAUCGUGACCAUUUCUAAUUUGUGCCUCCCACUAGUGGGAUUUGAGCAACCUAGGAUUUAGAAGCAAGGAUUUUUGCCCCUUAGAAACCCAAUGCUUAGAUGUUGAAGUCAAAAGAUGAGACCUGAAAGAGAAUGCUACAAUUAAUUGAAGAAUAGACUAGAAAGAAAAUCAGUUUUCUUCAGAUAGGCACUCCUAGGUCGAGUGAUGAUAGCUUUUUUUUUUUUUAGCCUCCCACCCCUGCUCGCUCUUAUUACAAAUUAAAAGCUGACUCUGAACUGCUGGAACACUAAUAGGAAGCUGAGAAAGCCAGUCCCAGGAAAGGAAACUUAACUGAGAUGAAGAGUGAUACUCACUCUUUGAAGGUUUUUUUCAUUAUGAUUUUAGGUUGUCUCCUUUCGGGGAGGGUUCAUCAGCGCUCCCCAGCCUUCAUUAGCAUUUGUCACAUGCAGAGGCUACAAGGCAGUCGCUGCUUCCUGUAGCACAGAACCAGUUCUGUUACUGGAGAUAAAAAUGCACUGGGGAGAACAAAAGGACAGAGUUGGAGGUGUAAGAACCAAAGAUAGCUGUGGUCUCCUUGAAGUCCGCAAAGUCCUUAAUCAAAAUUCUUUUCCUCCUGUGCUGGAUGAUGGCUGGGAUCUCAGACCCGAUCCCUUUGUUAAAGACAGGCUUAGCAGUGGGGAAGGUAAAAAUUGAAAUGAAAUGUCAUUGCAGGAUAAGAAGUAAUCUCUAACCUGAUGAGAAUCAAAGAGGAGGUUGCUCAGGUGGUAUCUAGCAGAGCAACCACACUCCAGUGCGCCAGCAGCACCGUGGAAAUCCAAGUUAAACAGAACCCUCCGAAAUGGGGGAAGGAUUAUUUUGAACUCGGAGCUCUUCACCCACCUUAUUGCCAGCCCAGCCCCCAGGGUGUGUAACAGCCCCGCACCGAGGGUGAGGAACUGUGUGAAGGUCUUAAAGUUCCCUUGAUGCUGAGAGGAGGGCAAGGAGCCACAACCUGGGCUCUCUCAAAACACAAACACAGACAGCCAAGGGGCAAAACUAGGGUCAGGGUCAUUGUUGUCCUUCCUAGGCUGCCCAGACAGCAGAGCAGCUGGUGGGCCAGGACCUCCCUCCCUGGAAAAGCCCUUCUGCUGCUCGGAUAGAGCCAAAAUGCCAUCGAGCCGCUCGCCAAAGGAGAUUCACGUGGGGCUUUGCCAGGGCGACGUCACUGCCACCGUGGGAGACUGCCUUUCUCCCGGGUCCCAAAUAAACCUCAAACCAAACUGUGCACUUGUCGGCAUUGUCCUGUCUUUUGUGUAGGGACCUGCUGGCAAUCAGUGGCUCCCACUGCUCCUUGUGCUGUGGUGCCACAGCCAUGAGGGCUGUGACUUGUGGGCAGAGCCCUCGGCUCUCACAGCGGCUUUGCAGCCACUCUGUACCCUGCAGUGGGUGAGACUGAGCAGACAUCAUUCUUGCAGAACCAGCGAGCCUUGGGACAGCUCUGCCAACAGCUUGUGCUAUAGCAAAUGAGCCAUAGAGGCUGAUUUAAUCUCCUAAUCAUACUUUUGGGAGUUGAUUUGGGCCAGGGAGGAGUGUGGGCAGAGGAGAGAUGGGAAGGCAGGAUGGUAGGUCUGACCGGGGAAGCAUCAGGGGGACUUGAGGACAGGGGCUGUGCUCAUCCUGAAGGCACCCGGUGCUACCCCAUCCCCAUGGGAUGGAGCAGGGCUGCCAGAGCCAGCAAUGUGAGCACCCAGGAACAUUUCCUACACCCAAGGCUUUUACAUGGCAUUUCUUUACAAAAGAAAAGCAAAUAAGCUCAAGCAGGGCGUUGCUGGAAGAGCAAACAUGCGCCAACUAGGCAGGCAAACACCAGCUAGAAACAAACCCGGAGCCUUGCAACCAGCAAUCCUCAGCUAGAAACAAACCCGGAGCCUUGCAACCAGCAAUCCUCACCUCCCACCCCAAACCACAGCAGGAGUUCACCCUGGACUCCUCCAGACCUGCACGCACGGGUUACCCCACUGCUGGCUUCAACCACAGAGCCCUGAGAAGCCCAGGCAGUUGUCACCACCAUCACACAUGGUCCAUGCUCUCGCAGGAACAAGGCACUCACACACCUGCUUUGCAUUGGGUGCUGUGGAGCACCAAAGGGUGAACACGUGAGCCCAAAAUACGCCAAUCUCAAACCUCAUUUUUGGGGCCCUAAGCCCCACUUUGAGGUUGAACCCGUUAAGCACCAAUUUGGUUUCAUUAAAAACAACCCCAAACUUAUUUCAGCGGCUGCACCAGCAAAACAAGCUGGGCAAGUCCACGGCAGAGCUGGGGCGGCAGCGGGACGGCGCUUUCAUCUGCCAAAGCACCCAUAAAAACCUAGCGCUCCAGCGGCCUCAUAAUGCUGGAAUUUUGAAUAAGCAGCUUGGAUAGUUUGGCCAGAAACAUGGCCAAACCACUGACCCCCUGCCCCAGCACCACAGGAUGCUAAAACCUCCACCCCUCCAAAAAAAGUUGGGAUGCCCCCUCCCCAGUCCCUGCUCAGCCACCACCACCCCUGCCUUGGCUUUCAAGUUGGGCUAUUUUCAUGCAUUUCACUCGGCUCAAUACAUUUCGCAGUGCGGAUGCUCCGGGAGGAGGAGGAAGGCUCACUCCAUCCACCUCAGCAGAAUGGGUGCAGCUCA